AGCUGACCUCCACAGGGAACUUUAAAGGAUCCAACGUCAAAAAUCAUUCCUGAAGUUCCCAUGACUUUCCAGCCUGACUCCAGACUCUCCAGGAUUUCAGCCAGGGACGGCCUCGCCAUCUGAAAACAAGCGCCCGUGCAAUCUUUGCAUGCAGACGCUGACCCUGCGUGACCUGAUUUCAGAGCUGCCACCGGCCUGCUUCCCUCGCUCAGGAAGGUCACCCUCUACCAAACUCGAAACUAAUCAUCAUUCUGGAGCGCUCAUUCUCCCCUUAUCUCGGGGGAAACGUCAAAGUUAAUGGCGUUGUGUCUUGGACAAGUGUUCAGCAAAGACAAAACAUUCAGGCCAAGGAAGCGGUUCGAGCCGGGCACCCAGCGAUUCGAGCUGUACAAGAAGGCCCAGGCCUCGCUCAAGUCCGGCCUGGACCUGAGGAAGGUGGUUCAGCUGCCAGAGGGAGAGAACAUCAAUGAUUGGAUCGCUGUCCACGUGGUGGAUUUCUUCAACAGGAUCAACCUGAUCUACGGCACGAUGAGCGAGUACUGCACCGAGCGCACGUGUCCCAUCAUGUCUGGGGGUCUGAGGUACGAGUACAGGUGGCAGGACGGGGACGACUACAAGAAGCCCACCAAGCUGCCCGCCCUCAAGUACAUGAACCUGCUGAUGGACUGGAUCGAGUCCCUCAUCAACAACGAGGACAUCUUCCCCACCAGAGUAGGUGUACCCUUCCCCAAAAACUUCCAGCAGGUGUGCAAGAAGAUCCUGAGCCGCCUCUUCAGAGUCUUCGUGCACGUUUACAUCCAUCACUUCGACAGCGUCUGCAGCAUGGGCGCAGAGGCCCACAUCAACACCUGCUACAAGCACUACUACUACUUCAUCACAGAGUUCAACCUCAUCGAUCACUCUGAGCUGGAGCCCCUGAAAGCGAUGACGGAUAAGAUAUGCAAUUGAACAGAACCACAUGGACAAAGGAGUUUACAUUUCCGACGUUAUCUGAGCCCCGUGAAAAAACACCAGCUUCAAAAAACACUCAAAAAAAAAGAACUUUUAGUUUUUUUUACAUAUAUUAGCAUGAGUGUUUUUUUUAAGUGUAACACACUUCUUCAGAUGGUGAUGCUGUACUUUCACAAGUGUGUUUACUUUACAGUGCAGUGCUGCCAUCUUUGUGGACUUUGUAUUGCUUUAUAAUACUGCAUGUCCUAUGGUCCUUAUCCCUUUACUGCAUGUUUGUGUCCGACCUUUUAUAUCUUUAGAUAUCCAUUGUUUUUUUAUUUUUCGACCAAUCAAAUUUUGUAUAUUACUUGAUGUGUUUUUUUCUAGUUUGAACUUGACAUAAAAAAU